AUGAUGAAUCCAUGGCAUUGGACCACGGCGACGCUUGCAUUCGUCGCCGUUUCAGUGCAAGGCGCUGUCUUGCCUGCCACAGCCGGCCACCUAUACGGACGCCAGCAGCCACUUCCUACCGUCCUCUACAGAGGCAGCGGAAACUCCCCCGAGUUUGUCAAGGAGCUGGGAGGUUUCAUCCCUCGCGAUCGGGAGGGCGGGGGUGAACCGAUUACCAACGCGACCUUUGGUCUCCGGAGCCAUCAUAUUGGAGAGAACCGUACACUCUAUACCUCUACGACGAGAGACAUCGUCAUGGGCGCGGCCUUUGCCCUGCAGACCGAUGUACACGGCUGGGUCUAUCAGAUUCACCCGACGCCCAACAUGAUUGACCUAAACGAAUCGGGGUUCGAGAUCCGCUUCAAGAGAGAAGAAGAGUUCUCGGCCCUGGGCGGCAUCCUCUACAACCAAAUUCAAGCCUGGGCGGAAGUCAGCGAUUCCAGCUUGAUCGCUGCCGGGAUGGACAAAGGGGAUGUCCACCAGCUGGUGGUGAUGUGGCCAAUCAAGGGCCAACUACCGCCCUUGAACUUCACGGCCAACCCAGACUACGAUACUAAAUACGACGGGCUGUCCGCAAGCCCCGGCCAGCCGCAGCUUGCCGGCGACGAGGCAAACCUGGCCAAGUUCAACGAGAAGACGCUGGAGGGGUACGCCAUUGAGUUCAUGGAGAAGAAUGGCGGUCCGGUUGGGUGGGACGGCAAGUUCCCUCUGAGCGCUCUCAAGGCCGACGCACCGGCCGAGCCGACAACUCCCAAGGAGAGGGAGGACAAGCUGUGCUCCAACUCGCCGGACGAUUUUCGCAUGACAAAGGCCGAGUGCCGUACACAGGUUGCACAGUGUGUCUUUGAAGAGAGUGGGAAGGCAAACUUUGAUUGGAGCUUCAUCACUGCUUGCAUGGAUAUCAAGUGGCGGAUUGUCUAA